AAGAAGAUGUUAAAGACUUUAAGCAACCAUCACAGUAAUGGAUCUCAGUCUGAAAAACGAGACUGAAUUAGAAAAUAGUGAAAAUAAUGAAAUUCAAAGCACAGAAGAAACUGAAUUAAACUAUACUUGUCCAGAUGAAAGAAGUGAAAAGAAUCACGUUUGUUGUCUUCUCAAUAUCAGUGACAUUACACUUGAACAAGAUGAAGAAGCCAAAGAAUUUGUCAUUGGAACUGGAUGGGAAGAAGCAGUCCGAGGCUGGGGAAGGAUUUCUCCAACUGCCUGCAUCUGGCCCAGGAAGAAGCUUAAAAAGGCGAAGAUGGGAGAAAGUGCCAGCAGCUGCUUACUCUGUGUCAGCCUCUCCCAAGGGAGCCUGGAGGCCAGGCUUCAGUCGGAGGCCAGGCUUCAGUCGGAGGCCGGGAAGUUGGAGUCGGGCGCUUCAGCUCCGGCUGAGGCAGGGCCGGAGAAGGAUGGAGGCAGCCUCUCCCAGACUCCGGGCCCCCCGCCAGGCCCCAACACUGCCUACCGGGAAGUUAACAGGAUCUGCUUUCCCACUUGCAGUCAGGGAGAGAAAAAAAGUCUGCAAAUAAAAGAGUUUAUUUGGUGCCUGGAAGACUGGGCCACUCCCGAGGCUGUGAGGGGCAACGACCCCGGAAGCCCCAGCGGAGGCGCUGACGGAAGUGCCUCCGUGGCAGACUCCUUGACUUCCAAGGCCCAUUUAGUUCUACCUGCCCUGAAGUCUUCACCCCCAAAUGGCUUGGAUGUGCCAGGUAAGAAGAGUCAGAACUUUUUCUUGCAGCAGGAAGAGAAGGGGCUGAGCGUGGCGAAGGAUGAGCAAGUGGCUUGUGCAUAUGGGGUGAAAACAGUUGACGGGACAGGUGAAAAGAGGCCCAUUGAGCUGGCCAAGCACCACAAGGUGAAGGAAACGCAGCCUUUCCCCACCCCGGCGGCCCGGACAUCCCUGCUGGCCGGUCCCGAGCCCUGCUGCCUGCCCUGGUCCCUUCUGCCUGAAAAACACCUGGUGUGCCCUCCCCACCACAACAGUGUUCGCUAUCUCGCCACCCUGCAGCUUGUGGAGAAACAAGGAGCGCAGACCUACAAAGCCAAAUUCAAAGCCAGGGAGCCGAGACCUCCCAUGAAAACCCCACACCGCGUUCUCACAGCGGCCAAGCCGGAAAACAGGCCCCAAACGCUGGAGACCAAAGUGUUCUCAAGACCUCUCUUGCCGUCCCUCACGGUGAGCAGAGUUGUUAUGGCCGUUCCCACUCACAGACUCCUCUGAGUUGCCAUGAUGUAAUUCCCUGGGAAUAAGCACCGUCUGAAAGUUGUUCAUCUUCUCUUCGCUCUCUCCCUCCUGCCCCAACCCCAGUCUCUUCCUCAUCCUCCCCCUUGUCUUCUCGUACACUUUUCUCUCCCCCUCUCCCCUGGUGCUUUUUUGUAGUAUAAUCAGGGGAAAUUGAACCUCAUUGUACGGGUUUUGAUGUGCUCUCAAAGCCCCGAUAUUUAUGUGUUACCUGCUUCUAUUGCUUAGCCGUUUACAAAACGCAAACUGGUAAUGCCAGUCUCAGCCUCUGCCUGACUUAUCUCUGCACUGGAAGACAACUGGAUGGUGGGGAAUCUGAAGGGCCUCCCUCAGGGAUGCCCCCAUGCCAGCCCUGAGCCAACCUGCAGGGGCUCCUGCCCCCUCAACCCCAGUGCCUUAAGCCAAGGGUACUGGGCAUGUGUAGACCACAUCGUUUCUUGAUCUUUUGAACCUGGCAGAUGUCUGUCUGUUGCCGCAUUUUCUCUUGCAACAAAGAUCUGCUUUAAUAGAAACAAUGUUAUAAGAGAAAAAUUCCAGCCUGUGUCCAAAUGAAUAUCCUCUGUCCAAGGUGGUGUAUCCUUAUAUUAUAUCCAUGGAUGUACGGUAUCCCUUGUUUCCUAUAUGCCCCAGAUUUCAUAUAUUAUAGCCUCAUGCUUGUCACACAUUUCAUAUAUUUCAUAUAUUAUAGCCUCAUGCUGGUCUCUGUGUCUGGGAAGUUUUUCUUACCAUUCUACAAAAUUCAUCUUGGGAGGCAGGUUAAGAAUAAUUUUUUUUUUAAAUGUCGCUGUGAUUAUUAUCAGCACACAUGCUUCCUCCAGUCUUACCUUAUAACUACUAUUUGGGAACUCGACAAUCCCAAACAGACAAGUAUGGAAUGGGGCUGUGACUUUCUUCCUUCUUCCAUCUUUCCUCUCCCCUCAUUUUACCCGAGUGCGUAUUUCCUGAAGUUGUAUAUAAAUUAAACUUUUGUAAAUUAGUUAUAUUUUAAAUGUGAAGUGACAAUGCUAUGUAGAGAAAUGCUCUGAAGAACCAUUCUGUAAUAUGCAUAACCAUUUAGCCGCUCUGUAAUUACAUAGUUGGCAUGUGCUUAAGGUAGGUUGUACUUGAACUCUAGGCUUUCCGUCUCCUAAAUGAUGGGCAGACAGAAUAUAUGACUGUAUUUGUAAACAUCUGC